GGCGCUGGGCCCGCCAUGGCCGCGUCCGAGAUCUACACCAAGUUUGCCAGGGUGUGGAUACCCGACCCUGAGGAAGUGUGGAGGUCAGCUGAGUUGCUCAAGGAUUACAAGCCUGGCGACAAGGUGCUCCUGCUUCACCUGGAGGAAGGGAAGGAUUUGGAGUACCGUCUAGAUCCAAAGACCAAGGAGCUUCCUCACUUACGGAACCCCGACAUCCUGGUGGGUGAGAAUGACCUCACAGCCCUCAGCUACCUUCACGAGCCUGCUGUGCUGCAUAACCUCCGAGUCCGCUUUAUCGAUUCCAAGCUUAUUUAUACAUAUUGUGGAAUAGUCCUAGUAGCUAUAAAUCCCUACGAACAGCUGCCUAUCUAUGGAGAAGACAUUAUUAAUGCGUACAGUGGCCAGAACAUGGGUGACAUGGAUCCUCACAUCUUUGCAGUAGCUGAAGAGGCUUAUAAACAGAUGGCAAGGGAUGAACGGAAUCAGUCCAUCAUUGUAAGUGGAGAGUCAGGCGCAGGGAAGACCGUCUCGGCUAAGUAUGCCAUGCGAUACUUUGCAACUGUAAGUGGUUCAGCGAGUGAGGCCAAUGUUGAGGAAAAGGUCUUGGCCUCCAACCCCAUCAUGGAGUCAAUUGGAAAUGCUAAAACGACCAGGAAUGACAAUAGCAGCCGGUUUGGGAAAUAUAUAGAAAUUGGUUUUGAUAAGAGAUAUCGAAUCAUCGGUGCCAAUAUGAGAACGUACCUUUUAGAGAAAUCCAGAGUGGUAUUCCAGGCAGAAGAGGAGAGAAACUACCACAUCUUCUAUCAGCUCUGUGCUUCAGCGAAGUUGCCCGAGUUUAAAACGCUGCGGCUAGGACACGCAGAUAGUUUUCAUUACACGAAGCAAGGAGGCAGCCCUAUGAUUGAAGGCGUGGACGAUGCCAAGGAGAUGGCACACACCAGGCAGGCCUGCACUCUACUUGGGAUCAGUGAAUCUUACCAAAUGGGAAUUUUUCGGAUACUCGCUGGCAUCCUUCACUUAGGCAACGUUGGAUUUGUGUCUAGAGAUUCAGACAGCUGCACAAUCCCUCCCAAGCAUGAGCCUCUUAUCAUCUUCUGUGACCUCAUGGGUGUGGAUUAUGAGGAGAUGUGUCACUGGCUCUGCCACCGAAAGCUGGCUACUGCCACAGAGACAUACAUCAAGCCCAUCUCUAAGCUGCAGGCUACAAAUGCCCGUGAUGCUCUGGCAAAGCACAUCUACGCAAAGCUCUUUAACUGGAUUGUCGACCAUGUCAAUCAGGCGCUGCAUUCUGCAGUCAAGCAGCACUCGUUCAUCGGCGUGCUGGACAUUUAUGGAUUUGAAACAUUUGAGAUAAAUAGUUUUGAACAGUUCUGCAUAAAUUAUGCAAAUGAAAAACUACAACAGCAAUUCAACAUGCAUGUCUUCAAGUUGGAGCAGGAGGAAUAUAUGAAGGAGCAAAUCCCAUGGACACUCAUAGACUUCUAUGACAAUCAGCCUUGCAUCAAUCUCAUAGAGUCUAAACUGGGCAUCCUAGAUUUGCUGGAUGAGGAGUGUAAGAUGCCUAAAGGCACAGAUGACACGUGGGCCCAAAAGCUGUACAACACACAUUUGAACAAGUGCGCCCUCUUUGAGAAGCCCCGCAUGUCAAACAAAGCUUUUAUCAUCAAACACUUUGCUGACAAAGUGGAGUACCAGUGUGAAGGCUUUCUUGAAAAGAAUAAAGACACCGUUUUUGAAGAACAAAUUAAAGUCCUUAAAUCAAGCAAGUUUAAGAUGCUACCAGAACUAUUUCAAGACGAUGAGAAGGCCAUCAGUCCCACCUCUGCCACCUCCUCAGGGCGUACACCUCUCACUCGAGUGCCUGUGAAGCCCACCAAGGGCCGGACUGGACAGAUGGCCAAAGAGCACAAGAAGACAGUGGGACAUCAGUUUCGAAACUCCCUUCACCUGCUUAUGGAAACCCUUAACGCCACAACUCCUCACUAUGUGCGCUGUAUUAAGCCUAACGAUUUCAAGUUUCCAUUCACGUUUGACGAGAAGAGGGCAGUGCAGCAGCUGAGAGCCUGCGGUGUCCUGGAGACCAUCCGCAUCAGCGCAGCGGGCUUUCCCUCGCGGUGGACUUACCAAGAGUUUUUCAGCCGGUACCGGGUCCUAAUGAAACAGAAAGAUGUGCUGGGAGAUAGGAAGCAAACAUGCAAGAACGUUCUGGAGAAGCUCAUAUUGGACAAGGACAAAUACCAGUUUGGUAAGACAAAGAUCUUUUUCCGUGCUGGUCAAGUGGCCUAUCUAGAAAAGCUGAGGGCUGACAAACUGAGGGCUGCCUGCAUCCGGAUCCAGAAGACCAUCCGUGGGUGGCUGCUGAGGAAGAAGUACCUGUGCAUGCAGAGGGCAGCCAUCACAGUGCAGCGCUAUGUGCGGGGCUAUCAGGCUCGAUGCUAUGCUAAGUUUUUGCGCAGAACCAAGGCAGCAACUACCAUUCAGAAGUCCUGGCGCAUGUAUGUGGUCCGCAGGCGGUACAGGACUAGACGCGCUGCCACGGUCGUUCUUCAGUCUUACUUGAGAGGCUACUUGGCAAGAAAUAGAUAUCGCAAGAUACUCCGCGAGCACAAAGCAGUCAUCAUUCAGAAGCGUGUCCGCGGCUGGCUGGCCCGCACACGUUAUAAGAGGACCCUGCAGGCCAUCAUCUACCUUCAGUGCUGCUUCCGGCGGAUGAUGGCCAAGCGUGAGCUGAAGAAACUCAAAAUCGAGGCUCGCUCUGUGGAGCGCUACAAGAAGCUCCAUAUUGGCAUGGAGAACAAGAUCAUGCAGCUGCAGCGCAAAGUGGACGAGCAGAAUAAAGACUACAAAUGCCUCAUGGAGAAACUGACCAACCUGGAAGGAGUGUACAACUCUGAGACUGAAAAACUACGACAUGACGUAGAACGUCUCCAGCUAAGUGAGGAGGAAGCUAAGGUUGCCACCGGGCGGGUCCUUAGUCUGCAGGAAGAAAUUGCCAAACUCCGAAAAGACCUAGAACAAACUCGAUCAGAAAAAAAAUCCAUCGAAGAGCGAGCAGAUAAAUACAAACAAGAAACGGAGCAGCUGGUAUCAAACUUGAAAGAAGAAAACACUCUGCUGAAGCAGGAAAAGGAGACCCUCAAUCACCUCAUUGUGGAGCAGGCUAAGGAGAUGACAGAAACUAUGGAGAGGAAGUUAGUAGAAGAGACAAAGCAACUGGAGCUUGACCUGAAUGAUGAAAGGCUGAGGUACCAGAACCUUCUGAAUGAAUUCAGUCGCCUGGAAGAGCGCUAUGAUGACCUCAAGGAAGAGAUGACCCUGAUGCUGAACGUGCCUAAGCCAGGACACAAGAGAACAGACUCUACCCACAGCAGCAACGAGUCUGAAUACACCUUCAGCUCUGAAUUUGCCGAAACCGAAGACGUUGCACCAAGGACAGAGGAGCCAAGUGAGAGGAAGGUGCCUCUGGACAUGUCACUGUUCCUUAAGCUCCAGAAGCGUGUCACCGAGCUGGAACAGGAGAAGCAGUUGAUGCAGGAUGAGCUGGACCGAAAAGAGGAGCAGAUGUUCCGCAGCAAGGCAAAGGAAGAAGAAAAACCACAAAUUAGAGGUGCUGAACUGGAAUAUGAGUCCCUCAAGCGUCAAGAACUGGAGUCAGAAAACAAAAAACUGAAAAAUGAACUGAAUGAGCUACGCAGAGCUCUCAGCGAGAAAAGUGCCCCGGAAGUGACUGCGCCAGGCGCCCCUGCCUACCGCGUCCUCAUGGAGCAGCUGACCUCCGUGAGCGAGGAGCUGGACGUCCGCAAGGAGGAGGUCCUCAUCCUGCGCUCUCAGCUGGUGAGCCAGAAAGAGGCCAUCCAACCCAAGAAUACAAUGACGGAUUCCACAUUACUUUUGGAAGAUGUGCAGAAAAUGAAAGACAAAGGUGAAAUAGCACAAGCGUAUAUUGGCUUGAAAGAAACAAACAGGCUGCUGGAAUCCCAGCUGCAGUCACAGAAGAGGAGCCAUGAGAAUGAGGCCGAGGCCCUCCGAGGGGAGAUCCAGAGCCUGAAGGAAGAGAGCAACCGGCAGCAGCAGCUGCUGGCCCAGAACCUGCAGCUGCCCCCCGAGGCCCGCAUCGAGGCCAGCCUGCAGCACGAGAUCACCCGGCUGACCAACGAGAACUUGUAUUUUGAGGAAUUAUAUGCAGAUGACCCUAAGAAGUAUCAAUCAUAUCGGAUUUCACUUUACAAAAGGAUGAUUGAUCUGAUGGAACAACUUGAAAAGCAGGAUAAAACUGUCCGGAAACUGAAGAAGCAGCUCAAAGUCUUUGCCAAGAAGAUUGGUGAACUAGAAGUGGGCCAGAUGGAGAACAUAUCUCCCGGACAGAUCAUCGACGAGCCGAUCCGGCCAGUCAACAUUCCCCGCAAGGAAAAGGAUUUCCAAGGAAUGCUGGAGUACAAACGGGAGGAUGAGCAGAAGCUGGUUAAGAACCUGAUUCUAGAGCUGAAGCCACGUGGCGUGGCUGUCAAUCUGAUCCCAGGGUUACCAGCAUACAUCUUGUUCAUGUGUGUGCGACAUGCCGACUACCUGAACGAUGAUCAGAAAGUAAGAUCGUUGCUGACAUCAACAAUUAACAGCAUCAAAAAAGUCCUGAAGAAAAGAGGUGACGAUUUUGAAACUGUCUCCUUCUGGCUCUCUAACACAUGCCGAUUUUUGCACUGUUUGAAGCAAUACAGUGGAGAAGAGGGCUUCAUGAAACACAACACGUCUCGCCAGAAUGAACACUGCCUCACCAACUUUGACCUGGCUGAAUACCGGCAAGUGCUCAGCGACUUGGCCAUUCAGAUUUACCAGCAGCUCGUGAGAGUUUUAGAGAACAUCCUUCAGCCAAUGAUCGUCUCAGGCAUGCUAGAGCACGAAACCAUUCAGGGUGUGUCCGGGGUGAAGCCCACAGGGCUCAGAAAGCGAACCUCCAGCAUCGCAGACGAGGGCACCUACACGCUGGACUCCAUCCUGCGGCAGCUCAACUCCUUCCACUCAGUCAUGUGUCAGCACGGCAUGGACCCUGAGCUCAUCAAGCAGGUGGUCAAGCAGAUGUUCUACAUUGUGGGCGCCAUCACCCUAAACAACCUCCUCCUGCGCAAAGACAUGUGCUCCUGGAGCAAAGGCAUGCAGAUCAGGUACAAUGUCAGUCAACUGGAAGAAUGGCUGCGUGACAAGAAUCUAAUGAACAGCGGGGCCAAAGAGACUCUGGAACCUCUUAUUCAGGCCGCGCAGCUUUUACAAGUGAAAAAGAAAACUGAUGACGAUGCAGAAGCCAUCUGCUCCAUGUGCAAUGCUCUGACCACUGCCCAGAUCGUCAAGGUGUUGAAUCUGUACACACCCGUUAAUGAGUUUGAAGAAAGGGUCUCUGUUUCAUUUAUCCGCACUAUACAGGUGCGGUUACGGGACAGGAAGGACUCUCCGCAGCUGCUCAUGGAUGCUAAACACAUCUUCCCUGUCACGUUUCCCUUUAACCCGUCCUCCUUGGCCCUAGAGACCAUCCAGAUCCCAGCCAGCCUGGGCCUGGGCUUCAUUGCCCGGGUCUGAAGUGCCGUCCAGGCAGGCGGAGGAAGUGCGCUUUUCCUCUGAGUAUGAACAGCUGUCUCCAGUGAGCUACUGAAAAUACAUUUUUAAAGAAGAAGUCACUAACUGGAAAUCUCCCUGCAGUCCUUUCGCUUGGGAAGAGACUCCUUGUGCUGGGUUUAAAGCAAGAUUCAUUCUUCAUCGGUUGGGAGUCCUGAGUUUACAUACAGCUGGAAGAUGGCAGGGAGGAAUGAGAAGACGGAUAAAAGGCGUGUGUCUUCA